AUGCCCGGGCUCCCGCUCCCCAUGGCGCUGCUUCUCAGCCUUGGCCUCUUCGGGCUGUUUCCAGGGUUCCUGGCUACGGACACAGAGGAAAGGUUGGUGGAACAUCUCCUGGACCCUGCCCGCUACAAUAAGCUCAUUCGACCAGCCACCAAUGGCUCUGAGCUGGUGACUGUGCAGCUUACAGUAUCGCUAGCCCAGCUCAUUAGUGUGCAUGAGCGGGAGCAGAUCAUGACCACCAAUGUCUGGCUGACCCAGGAGUGGGAGGAUUACCGGCUUACCUGGAAACCAGAAGAAUUCGACAAUAUGAAGAAAGUGCGACUCCCUUCCAAGCACAUCUGGCUUCCAGAUGUUGUCCUCUACAACAAUGCUGAUGGGGUGUAUGAGGUCUCCUUCUACUCCAAUGCUGUGGUUUCCUAUGAUGGUAGCAUCUUCUGGCUUCCACCUGCCAUCUACAAGAGUGCCUGCAAGAUUGAGGUCAAGCAUUUCCCCUUUGACCAGCAGAAUUGUACCAUGAAGUUCCGUUCCUGGACCUAUGAUCGCACCGAAAUUGACUUGGUACUGAAGAGUGAAGUUGCCAACUUGGAUGAUUUUACACCCAGUGGUGAAUGGGACAUUGUAGCCUUGCCGGGGCGGCGGAAUGAGAAUCCAGAUGACUCCACUUAUGUGGACAUCACCUAUGACUUCAUCAUUCGCCGCAAACCUCUCUUCUACACUAUCAACCUCAUCAUUCCUUGCAUCCUCAUCACCUCCCUUGCCAUCCUGGUCUUCUACUUGCCUUCUGACUGUGGUGAGAAGAUGACACUCUGCAUCUCUGUCCUGCUGGCUCUCACCGUCUUCCUCCUGCUUAUCUCCAAGAUUGUCCCACCCACCUCACUGGAUGUGCCGCUGGUCGGCAAGUACCUCAUGUUCACCAUGGUACUGGUGACUUUCUCCAUUGUCACCAGUGUCUGCGUCCUCAAUGUGCAUCACCGAUCACCGACCACCCACACCAUGGCCCCAUGGGUCAAAGUUGUCUUCUUGGAGAAGCUACCUGCUGUCCUCUUCAUGAAGCAGCCACGCCAGAACUGUGCCAGGCAGAGGCUAAGGCAGCGAAGGCGGCAACGGGAGCAGGAAGGUGGUGGGGGACUAUUCUUCGGAGAUGCCCCAGGGGCCAAUUCCUGUACUUGCUUUGUCAACCAGGCCUCUGUCAAGGAGUUUGGUGGAGUUUUUGGGGCUGAGUCAGCUGAAUCAGCCAAUGGCUUCCGGGGUCGAGUGGGCCCUGUUGGGCCAUGUGGCUGUGGGCUCAAGGAGGCAGUAGACGGUGUGCGCUUCAUUGCUGAUCACAUGAGGAGUGAGGAUGAUGACCAAAGCGUGAGUGAGGACUGGAAGUAUGUUGCUAUGGUGAUUGAUCGCCUGUUCCUCUGGAUCUUUGUCUUUGUCUGUAUCUUUGGCACCAUCGGCAUGUUCCUGCAGCCACUUUUCCAGAAUUACGCCACCAACACCUUCCUCCACCUGGCCCACCCAGCUUCCAGCUCCAAGUGA